CCUGGAAGCGGGGCUCCGCGCUGGGACUGGUUCCUUCGCAGCCAUUUUCCGUCCAACCAAACAGCCGAUUGGAGACGGGAGCCAACCAGGGCUGCAGCGGAGAUGGAUGGAGAUAGUUCAACCACAGAUGCAUCACAACUAGGAAUUUCAGCAGACUACAUUGGCAGCAGCCACUAUGUGAUACAGCCUCAUGAUGAUACAGAAGACAGUAUGAAUGAUCAUGAAGACACAAAUGGUUCAAAAGAGAGCUUUAGAGAGCAAGAUAUUUAUCUCCCAAUUGCAAAUGUGGCAAGGAUAAUGAAGAAUGCCAUACCUCAGACAGGGAAGAUUGCUAAGGAUGCUAAGGAAUGCGUCCAGGAGUGUGUAAGUGAAUUCAUCAGCUUUAUCACCUCUGAAGCCAGUGAAAGGUGUCAUCAGGAAAAGAGGAAGACCAUUAAUGGAGAGGACAUUCUCUUUGCAAUGUCGACUUUGGGUUUUGACAGCUAUGUGGAACCUCUGAAGCUUUACCUGCAGAAAUUCCGAGAGGCAAUGAAAGGAGAGAAGGGCAUUGGGGGAGCAGUUACGACAACAGACGGACUGAGUGAGGAGCUCACCGAAGAAGCUUUUACUAAUCAAUUACCAGCCGGUUUAAUAACCACAGAUGGCCAGCAACAAAAUGUUAUGGUUUAUACAACAUCAUAUCAACAGAUUUCUGGUGUUCAACAGAUUCAAUUUUCAUGAUUUCAAGAAAAGUUGGAACUGGGAAUAUAAAGAGACGAGAGAGAAGCAGCUGGUUCUGAAGCCACCACCUACCACCCAGACAUGACAACACAGUGACUGGGGAACCAGAAAAGUCGUCUCUUUGUAUAGUAAAUAGCUGUAAUGUAGCUUCCCUGAUGCUUGACUAAUUGAGGUGUGAAUUCUGACUGGAGAAUCUUUUUUCAUGAAUGAUUUCAAUGAAAAAAAAUUUGGAUUUUAAAGGUAUUAAAAUAUUUUUGUUUUGUACAAGAGUUUGUUGCUCUGUAUGACUCCUGUAUGCAUUGUAUAUUGCGAUUUAUUACUGUCGGAGAUUUGUAGACAGUUUCUUAUUUUCAUAUUGAAUCAUGUUACUUUUGUAUAAUUCAAGUAAACAGCUGGGUUAAUUCAUGAUGUUUGCCCUUUUAAUAAAAUAUGA